CAACCACAAGCAGCCAUUGCCACAUGAUAUCACUCACCUCCCCCGCAAUAGUGUGCACCGCUUUUUCGUUGAAUAAGCUGUGCUUGGCCCUAGAAGAAGAAAGCUUGUCGACACCAGGGUGCGCUUUGUCCUGCUUUGUACCUCUCGCCUCCUGGCGUCGUUCACACACGUGCCUCAUAGGCCAAUCGCAACGCCACCAUGGUGCGACGCGUCGCCAGCAACGAGCAGGAGAAGCCGCUGGUUCAGUCGCAUCCGAAACUGCCACCAUCACAGAGCUACGCGAACUGGCUGUGCGACGCCAUUGAGCGACUGCUGAAUGCGAUGAUCAAGACACCUCCCAACACUACAUACCUCGAGGGCGUGUUCGCUCCCGUGGAUAAGGAAGUCGGACCCGUCGCUGACCUCCCGGUCACCGGCCAUCUGCCAGAGAGUUUGAAUGGCGAGUUCGUGCGCAACGGGCCCAACGCCAAGUUCGCGCCCACCUUCAGCUACCACCUAUUCGACGGCGACGGCAUGCUGCACGGCGUGCGCAUCAAGGACGGCAAAGCCAGCUACGUGAACCGCUACGUGCGCACGAGCCGCCUGGCGCAGGAAGAGGCCUACAAGCGCGCCAAGUUCCUCAAAAUCGGCGACAUGAUUGGCUACGCGGGGCUCGGGAAGAUCCUCCUGCACCAGCUGCGCGGGUGGCUGGGCGUACUGGACCUAUCUCAGGGGGACGGCACGGGGAACACUGCGCUCAUCUUCCACGCGGGGGGGCUGCAGGCGCUGCACGAGGGGGAUGCACCGUACGCGCUGCAGGUGCUGCAGGACGGGGAUCUGGAGACGAAGGGCAGGAUGACGUACGAGGGGAAGCUGAAGCACCCGCUCACUGCACACCCCAAAGUCGACCCUGUCACCGGCGAGCUGUUCACGUACGGCUACGGGUCCAAGGCCCCCUUCGUGACCUACCGAGUGGUCUCAAAAGAGGGGAAGAUGGGUCUCCCCGUGCCCAUCACCAUCCCCGCGCCCGUCAUGAUGCACGACUUCGCCAUCACACAGAACUACGCGAUCUUCAUGGACCUACCCCUAGAGUUCAAUCCCAAAGAGAUUCUCAAGGGCAAGAUGCCGUUCCUCUGGAACCCGGACCGGCCGGCCAGGUUCGGCAUUCUGCCUCGGUACGCGGAGAGUGAGGCGGAGAUGCGGUGGUUCGAGCUGCCGGCACUGUUCAUCUUCCACACGGCAAAUGCCUGGGAGGAGGAGAGCGAGGAGGGAGUCAAGGAGGUGGUGCUGAUUGCGAGCCGGUUCAAUGAGAUGAAUCUGGAGCUGGAGCAGUUUGAGGCGGACAAGGCUGCGCGGCUCUACGAGUUCCGCUUCAACCUGGCCACGGGCAAGGCCAGUCAGCGCCAGCUCACCACGUUUGGCUGCGACUUUCCGCGCAUCCAUGAGGGCUUCAUGGGGCGCAAGCAACGCUACGUUUACUGUGCCGCAUUCGACGGCAUAACCCGCAUCUGCGGCGUGGCAAAGAUCGACCUCUCAGAAGCUCCCGACCUCACUGCACCAUACUACACUGUCGGCGGCUGCGUCUCGGGCUUCUUCAACCAUGGGCCGGGAAGGUUCGGGUCCGAGCCUGUGUUUGUGCCUCGGAGUAACGAGCCUGGGGCGGAGGAGGACGAUGGUUACGUGCUUUCGUUCGUUCAUGACACCAACACAGAUGAGUCCUCGGUGGUGGUGCUCGACGCCAAGUCCCUCUCCUCUAAUCCUGUUGCCACCAUCCACCUGCCCCAGCGUGUGCCAUACGGCUUCCACGGCAUCUUCGUCUCCGAGGAUCAAAUCUCUUCCCAACUUCCUGAGUAGGACCUGCUUCAGUGUGAUGCCAACGUGCAGGGCUGCAGGGGUGUGUACAGGGUAUUAGGAAUGAGUGUAUGCUGCACCUUACCCCGCAAUAAAGCCAGUGUUAAAGGAACUGCAAUUUUCCGGAUAGUACCGUAAUCUUCCGGCAUGAUAACCCCCCCGAAAAAGAGACUCAACGUUUUUUUUUCCAGACCAUGGUUAGUAAUACCGCAAAAGGAUUGUGAGUACCUGCUGUAUGGGGUAAAUCAUUUGAGUAUCCCCCCCGUUCAGUUUUAAGAGGUUUUCCUGGCAGUUUAUGCUCAAUUUCAAAAUGCAUCAUA